UUUUAGCCACCGUCCAUCUUCACUUCAGUGAGCGAGCUUGUCGAAAAAGAAAACACAAUUUGGAAGUAAAGAAGACUUUCUGGAAUAAGUUUUGGCCGUUAUUGAAAAAAGACAAACGAAAGCCCAUAUUAUAGACGGAAUGUGGACAUCGUCGUAGUCAGAGCCAUGGCUGACAAGAGAAAACUUCAAGGUGAGAUUGACAGAUGCUUGAAAAAAGUAGCGGAAGGCGUAGAACAGUUUGAAGACAUUUGGCAAAAGCUUCACAAUGCAGCCAAUGCGAACCAGAAGGAAAAAUAUGAAGCUGACCUCAAGAAAGAGAUUAAAAAAUUACAGCGAUUGAGGGAUCAGAUAAAAACAUGGGUGGCCUCCAAUGAGAUCAAAGACAAACGGCAGCUAGUCGAGAACCGCAAGCUCAUAGAAACGCAAAUGGAGCGGUUCAAAGUGGUGGAACGGGAAACAAAAACAAAAGCCUACUCCAAAGAAGGGUUGGGGCUUGCUCAGAAAGUGGAUCCAGCUCAGAGGGAAAAGGAGGAGACGGGACAGUGGCUAACAAAUACGAUAGACACUCUAAAUAUGCAGGUCGAUCAGUUUGAAAGCGAGGUGGAGUCUCUUUCGGUUCAAACAAGAAAGAAGAAAGGUGAUAAAGAGAAGCAAGAUCGCAUUGACGAGCUCAAGCGCUUGAUCGAGAGGCACCGGUUUCACAUUCGCAUGUUGGAGACGAUUUUGCGUAUGCUGGACAACGACUCUGUGCCGGUGGACGCCAUUCAGAAGAUCAAAGAUGACGUGGAGUACUACAUUGAUUCUUCACAAGACCCAGACUUUGAAGAGAAUGAGUUCUUGUACGACGACUUAGACCUCGAAGACAUCCCUGCAGCAUUAGUGGCCACGUCUCCAUCGGGUCAGGGAAACAUGGAAGAUGAGAUGUACCUCCACUCGAGCAGCACUCCCACUUCCACCACUUCGUCGUCACCCAUCCCCCCAUCGCCGGCCACCUGCGCUGCUGAGAACUCAGAGGACGAUAAGAAAAGGGGACGUUCAACAGACAGUGAAGUUAGUCAGUCACCUGUUAAAAACGGCACACCCUCCCUGCUCUCCUCCUUCUCUUCAUCCACCACGUCCGGCUCCUCCUCAUCCUCCUCCCUGGUGUCCAUGGCGAGUGUGGUCGGAGGCGUACCUGUGGUUCCGACCAGCAGCGGCCUAAUAGGAAGCUUCAGCAGCGCCGUGCAACAGCAUCAGCAUCAGCAUCUGCCUGCGCAGCAGCAGCAGCAACAGCCUCAGCCACAGAACCAAUCGCAGCAGCAGCAACCGCCUCUGUCCAAACCCUCGGCCCCCUCAAACAGCAACCCUAGUCCGCCCAACAACCUGCUGCUCCCAGCAUCCACCACCCCAUCUCUGCCCACACCCAGCACGCCCAUUUCAUCAGCUGCCAGUUCCCUGUCUCAGCCUUCGUCCGGGUCCACCCCUGUGUCCAGCUUGGGACUGGGGAUUGGCCUGGGCUUAGGCAAAGGUGGCAUUACAGGGACCAGCAGUGCCAACCAGAUGUCGGCUUUCGGCUUGGGGGUCCACUCCACGUCCCUAAGCACGAUGGCGGGGCUCAUUUCAGGGUCAACGCCCGCCCCUUACGCGCAGGCGGCAGCAGGGGGCUUGGGCCUGAGCAGCAGCAGCACGCCAUCCAGCAUUUCAGUGGAAAGCAGCACUUCCAUCAUCACCACAUCCGGCUCCAGUGGAGUCACCACCAACGGGGCGGCCACGGCACUCGGGCUGCUCGGCUCUAGCACCGGCCACGGCUCGCUGAGCGGCAGUAUUCUGGGCCUGGUGUCCGGGCAGAACGCGUCGCCCGCCGCAUCUCAGGUGCCCCCCAGUUCCGUCAGCGCUUCUCCCGGAGUGGUCGGCAUGAUGGGGGGUAACGGCGGAAGUGUCGGGAUGGUCGGAGGUGUGAGCACUGCGCCCACACGACCACCCAGCGGACUCAAGCAGAAUGGAAGCACAAGUUACAGUGCCGUAGUGGCUGAAAGUUCCACAGAAUCAGCUCUCAGCACACCGAGCCAGUCUCAAAGCAGCCAGCCAUCAUCCCUCAGUUCAUCAACCAGUCAGCCGUUGGACAACGGCCCCAGUUUAAUCAGCUCCAUCACCCUGCCCCCCAGCUCGCCGUCGCCCUCAUUUUCGGACAGCACACCCGGCGGAGGAAACCUCCUCAACGGGCCCCACUCCUACACACAGGCUUCAGAGGGCCUCAAGGCUCCAGAGCCUCUUAUCUCCUUGAAGGCCAUGGCGGAGAGGGCGGCCCUGGGAUCGGGUCUUGACGGAGAUAUCCCAAACCUGCACCUAACGGAAAGAGACAUCUUCUCGUCGUCAACGGCGCCCGUCACCCCAGCCGCCCCGCAGCCAUCCGUAUCCGAGGUCAGCAUCCCACCGUCGCUUGGCGUCUGUCCGUUGGGGCCCACCCCCCUCCCCAAAGACCAGCUGUACCAGCAGGCCAUGCAAGAGUCGGCGUGGACGCACAUGCCGCACCCGUCCGACUCUGAGAGGAUCAGGCAAUACCUGAUGAGGAACCCGUGCCCCACCUUGCCCUUCCAUUAUCAGAUGCCUCCGCACCACUCAGACUCCAUAGAGUUCUACCAGCGACUGUCCACAGAAACACUGUUUUUUAUCUUCUACUACCUGGAGGGCACCAAGGCUCAGUAUCUGUCCGCCAAGGCGCUGAAGAAGCAGUCAUGGAGGUUUCACACCAAGUACAUGAUGUGGUUCCAGAGGCACGAGGAGCCCAAGACUAUCACUGAUGAAUUUGAACAGGGCACUUACAUUUACUUUGACUAUGAGAAAUGGGGCCAGCGGAAGAAGGAGGGCUUCACGUUCGAGUACAGGUACCUGGAAGACCGAGACUUGCAGUGACGCCCCUCCCCGGAGGACACCGAGAGACACAAAUGUACUGCUGUCGACAUUCCGAGACUGAACUCCAAACUGUGGAUAGAGAUUGUGAUGUGUAGUAGAAAACGCUCUCAACAUAAAAAAACAAAGCGGAGAGCAGCGUCUGUAUAGCCUGUGUCUCACGCGAAGCCCUCCUCGCUUAAGUAGCGCCUGGCCCUUGACCAAA